AUGAAUGACGAUUCUCAUCUUUUACAACAAAUAAUUUCAAGAUAUGAAACAGAAGAGGAAGAAUUUCUUAGAGAAAUUGAAUCUAUGCAACAAUGUAUAAAUACAGACACAUCAGAUGAUAUGCCAGAUGAAAGUCCAGUAUUAGGAACGUUGUGUAGUUUAGUAGGUGAAAUAGGACAAUUAAGAAAAGAAAAUCGAAAAUUACGAAAAAAAAUUCUUGAAAAUAGUGCAUCGUCAAACGAUAAUAAUACAAACGAAAGACAUAGUGUAGCAUUUAAUGUUGGAUCAUUUAUAGAAAAUAAAAAAAAACAUGUAUCAACAAAACCUUUUUUUAAUUAUAGAAAAAUUUUAAAUGGUAACGAAAUUAGAACAGGAGCUCGUGAACGACUAUGUAGUCCAACGAAAAAAGAAUCAUUAACGACAAGUUCAUAUUCUACUGAUUAUUCACUUGAUAACACAUCAAGAUAUCCAAGAUCAAAAAUUCCACCUCUUGUUUUACCUGAAUUAUCUGAUUCUGAUGAAGAACAUUCUGUAUUUACUGAAGUUACAUUACCCGUUGAAAAUAAUAAUAUUAAUAAUAAUACAUUAAAUGGUAAUGAAGAAACAAUAAAUUCUCAUGUAUUAAGGCCUCGACGAUCAAUGAUGCGAAGACUUCAUGUUGUAAAUCAUCAUAACUCUGAUCAUAUAAGUCCUUCAAGUGUAUCAGCCAGUUCCUCAGUUGAACCUCCAGAUACUAUGUCAUCAAGUAGAGCAAGCUUUUUAGAAUUAAUUGGAAUAAAACGAAAAAAUGAUCGAAAUAGAAUGUCAAUGCCUAUACCAACAAAUAUAAAUUUGUCCUCAAUUAUAAAUAAAAAACAAAGAAAAAGAAAAAUUAGUGAGAAUAAUGAGCAAUUUGAUAUUUCUAGUGGUAGUAGUAUUGAAAAAAAUAAAGGAAAGAUAACAUUUAAAAAUAAAAAUGAUGUAAAAGAUAUUAUAAGAAAAUCAAUGAUUAAGCCUGGAUUAGCAAAAUCAUGUAAAAGUUUAUUUGAAAAACAUACAAAAACACAAAGAUUUUUUGAUGAAAGUGAAGAAGAAACAGUAUAUAGAAAUAAAAAACAACGACCUAAAAGUGUUGUAUAUUUAGAAACAAAUAAUAAUUGUUUUCCUAAUUCAAGGAUGCAAAAAAAGACAGAUAGUUAUAAAAAUUUACUUAGUAGUAGAGAUGUAUCAGAAGAAAGUAGACAAUCAAUAAUAGAUUGGCAAUGUCUUCAAAAUGAAAAUUCAAAUUUAAAAACAGAAGUAAAAACAUUAAAAACAUUUAGUUCUAAAGUUUCUAAUGAACUAAGAGAUAAAAAUAGAUGUUAUAAUAAUUUAGAAGCAAAAUAUAUAUCACUUGAAAAAGAAGUUACAAAAUUAAGAGAAAAAUGUGAAUUUAAUGAAAAAUUAGAUAAAUUAACAAUGAGUGAUAGAUUUAAUAAAUCACAAUUAGAAAUACUUGAAAAUAUAGAAAAAAGACUACUAAAAUUUGAAACUGAAUUUAAAAAUAUUAAAGAUGAUUACAUGAAAAAUCAGCAAGUAUUAUUAAAUAAUAAUAUAAGGGAUCAAAAUGCUUAUCAAGCAUGUUUAAAACAAAUUGAACGUCUCCAAAAAGAAAAUUUUGAUCUUUUACAACUUCAUGCUUCAGGAUUAGAUUUAUCAGUAUCUAGUGAAUAUGUUCGAAAGAUUAUUGAAAUGAUGCCAUCAUAUGAUGCUCUAUAUUCGUUUGCAAUGAGAAUUUCAUCAAAAUUGACGAAUUUGCGAAAAUUAUUAUUAGAAAAAUGUACAAAUUUAAAUAAUAAUGAAUUAGAAUUACUUCAUCUUCAAACAUCAUUACUUCUUGCACAUGCUCAAAUGGAAAGACAAAAAGUUUUGUUAAAGAAUAAUGAAAAUGAAAAAAAAGAUAUACGAUUUAAGAGAUCAAAUUCUUUUCAUGGUGAUUCAUUUGUAUCAAGAACAUAUCAAUCUGAAUCCAAUUUUUAUUUACCAUUUAAACUUCAUGGUAAUCGUGUUGAACAAUAUAAAAAGGCUAUUAAAAAUUCAAAAGAUAUUAUUAUUAAUACAAAUGAACAGAAUAUUGAAGCUGAAUUUUUAAGAUUAUUUGAUUGUGCUAGAUGUGUUAUCAAACCAUUUGAUAAUAUUAUUGAUAAAAAAGAUUCAACAUAUUAUGUUAAAAAUAAUGCUCAAAAUAUUAUUAUGUAUAGGAAUGGAAAAGAUAUUAAAAUAAGUCCACAAAAUUCACCAAAAAUUAUUGAAAGGCAUAAAAUAUUAAAUAUGCCAACAAAAAAUAUUAAAAAUAUUGAUAUAACAAUUAAUGAAAAAAAUAAUAAUAAAAAUGAUAUAUCUUUAAAUAUGAAUAAUAAUAUAGGAAACAUUUCUAGUAAAAGACCUAUAAGUUUAAUAGAUAUUAAAGAAAAAAAGCCACUUUUAAAUCAUAAAAAAACAAAUUCAAAUGAAGAUGAAUUAUUAAAUCAAUCAAAACCAACAACACAAAAUUUUAUGGACUAUAUAUCACCAAUUUCUACACCUAUACAAAGUAAAAAAAUAUAUUCAUCAACAAUUAUAACUGAAAAUCAAAUAAAAGGAGGUAAACAGGUGGAAAGAAAGCUUGUUAAACAAAAAUCAUUACAACAACCUGUAAUAGGAACAUCAUCUCCCAUAUUAGGAAAAACAAUUAUUACAAAAUCAUACAUAACUGAACCAUCAGAAUAUAAUGCUUAUAAAACACGAUUAGAAACAAUUGGAACUUCUCAAAAAGAUUAUAAUUUUCAAAUACCUCCAAAACAUAAUACUUCUCAACAAUCAUCAUCAAAAAAUAUUUCACAAAUGAAUAAUUCAAGACAUAAUUAUCCAAGUUUAAAUACACCAAGUAUGAUACCAACAUCACCAUCAAUUCGUCGUUCUCAUGUUAUAUCAAUAAAAAAACCUACGAAAAUUGUUGAAAAACAGCAAAAUAAUAUUUCACAAAAUACACAUAUGUUAUCUCAAAUAUCAUCAAUUAAAAAAUUUAAUCACCUUUCAAAUUCAUCUAUUUGUGGAAUACCUAAAAAAAUUUCUUCAUCAAGUAAUCUUACACAAAAUCAUUCAUCAAUGAAAGAAGAAUUAGAAUGUUUAAAUACUCCAAUAAACAAUGUUCGUAAUUCAAUCGCAAAAAUGAAUGCUAUUGUUAAACAACAUAGUUAUGUUGAUAACAAUUCACCUAAAAAUCAUGUAUCAAAUUCUUUUGACAAUAAAAAACAAUCAAACAAAGUUAAUGAUGAACCAAAACAAUUAGAAAAAGUUGUUAAACGAGCUGGGACAUCUUGGUUGAGCCGGUUAAGACCUACAACAAAAAAAUGA